UCGUGCAUAGUCACAUGUUAUGCGCUGGAGUCGCAGGCGGAGUGCUGCAUCAGUACGCAGGGACUAUGGAGCUGAAGAUGCGGUUAUGUGUAUCACUGUUCUCUUUGAGUCUGUGUCUUGCUCUCAUGGGUCAUGUGAGGGCGCAGGAGGAACCUGAUGACAUGGAUAUGGACGUGGAGGAUGCUACAGAUUACAUACCGGAGGAAGAUGUUGAGGAAGAGGAACAGAAAGCCCCCACAGCCCCACCAGUACCCACUGUGACUUAUAAAGCUCCAGAGCCAAUGGGAGAGCACUACUUUGCUGAGUCAUUUGAUAAAGGCACACUUCAAGGGUGGGUUUUAUCCCAGGCCAAGAAGGAUGGUAUUGAUGAGGAAAUUGCAAAGUAUGAUGGUAAAUGGGAGGUGGAAGAGAUGCAGGACACUAAACUCCCAGGUGAUAAAGGUCUGGUGCUGAAAUCCAGAGCCAAACAUCACGCCAUCUCUGCUCUCCUACUGCGACCUUUUACUUUUGACACCAAACCCCUCAUAGUCCAGUAUGAGGUGAACUUUCAGACCGGAAUUGACUGUGGCGGAGCCUAUGUUAAACUGCUGUCACAAACCCAUGACCUCGACUUGGAACAGUUUGUGGAUAAGACUCCGUACAGCAUCAUGUUUGGGCCUGAUAAGUGUGGUGAGGAUUACAAACUACACUUCAUCUUCAGACACAAGAACCCUAAAACAGGAGAGUAUGAGGAAAAACAUGCCAAGAAGCCAGACGCAGACCUCCGCACGUACUACACCGACAAGAAAACCCACCUCUACACAUUAGUGCUGAACCCUGACAACAGUUUUGAGAUCCUGGUCGAUCAGACUGUGGUGAACAGUGGUAAUCUGUUGACUGACGUGACUCCCCCCGUCAACCCACCCGCCGAGAUUGAAGAUCCUGAUGACCACAAGCCUGAUGACUGGGACGAAAGACCCAAGAUCCAGGACCCAGAUGCAGUCAAACCUGAGGACUGGGAUGAAGAUGCACCUGCUAAGAUUGCUGAUGAAGAUGCUGUGAAACCUGAUGGCUGGUUGGACGAUGAGCCAGAAUACAUCAGCGACCCCGACGCCAUCAAACCCGAGGACUGGGAUGAGGAUAUGGAUGGCGAGUGGGAGGCUCCUCAGAUUCCAAACCCCGUCUGUGAGACCGCCCCUGGCUGUGGCACAUGGCAGAGACCAAUGAUUGACAACCCUAACUACAAGGGCAAGUGGAAGGCACCCAUGAUUGACAACCCCAAUUAUCAGGGUGUGUGGAAGCCCAGGAAGAUUCCUAACCCAGACUUCUUUGAAGACCUCCACCCGUUCCGUAUGACUGCGUUCAGCGCCGUGGGUCUGGAGCUCUGGUCCAUGUCCUCCGAUAUCUUCUUUGACAACUUCUUCAUCACCUCUGAUCGUAACGUGGCUGAUCGGUGGGCUACAGAUGGCUGGGGUCUGAAGAAAUCAGCUGAGGGAGCUGCUGAGCCCGGUCUGGUAAAUCAGAUGAUCACAGCUGCUGAAGAGAGACCCUGGCUCUGGAUCGUCUAUGUCCUGACUGUGGCUCUACCUCUGGUGCUCAUCAUUGUCUUCUGUUGCACUGGAAAGAAGAGCUCAGUAUCCACAGCUACUGCAGCUGAGUACAAGAAGACCGAUGCUCCUCAACCAGAUGUGAAGGAUGAAGCUGACGAGGAGGAGAAGCCUGAGGAGGAGGAGGAGGAGGAGGAGGAGGAGGAGGAGAAGCCUGAGGGAGAGGAAGCCAAAAAUGAAGAACCAGAUGGAAAGAAGAGUGAAGAAGAGGAUUCUACAGGAGAUGGAGAGGAGGAUGCAGAGACAGAGCACAAAGACAAUGAUAAAUCUAAUGAGAAAUCAGAGGAGGACAUUCUGAGAAGGUCUCCCAGAAACAGGAAAACUAGAAAGGACUGAAGGAUUUCCUGAAAUAGUUUCAAGUGCAGUUCCUCACCUCGACCAUAUCCCAACAUCCCGAUCCUCCCAUACCUUUCCAACCCUUGCACCCGCGUUCCCUUCCUCCCCUGUUCUUCUGCUCCAUCUUCACUUCUGUGACGACAGAGUAAAACAGUCCACCACACGACCAACAGCGAAACGAACGCCUCCUCAAACAGGGCUGAGGAUGUUGAUGGUUACCAUGGUGAUGAUGAUGAUUGAAUAGCAUAGAAACUUUCUCCGUAACUAAACAGAAAUCUCUGUUACCAUUCCUUGACUGUGCAUCUCAUAUAUAUCUUCCUUUAAGCUGUCACAAAUGAUUUCAGACAGUGUUCCUACACCCUAUACCAUGGCAACACUAUGGCACACUAGGUAUUGUAAGGAUCACAGGCUAACAGCUUUAUUUGCCUAGGUUUUGUAGGGAACACAUUAUAGAAUUACAAGAGAAGCCAUAGAAAGAAACUAUUGUAAGGAAGACAGGCGAUUUGAUAAUAAUUUAAAACUCUAAACUGGCCACAUGUCGCUUGAUGUGCACCAAGAUUUAAAGUUUUAAGUCAUCUUUGCCUCCAUUCCAUGAGGUUCAACCAUAAUAUUUAAAGGGAUAGUUCACACAGAAAUGAUCAUUUACUCACCCUUGUGUCAUUCCAAACCUAUAUGACUGAUUUUCUUCUGUGGAACACAAAAUGAGACAUUUUGAUGAAUGUUGUGGCUUAACAUUUCCUUUUGUGUUCCAUGGAAGAAAGGAAGUCAUAUGGCUUUAAAACAACAUGAGUGAUUCAAUUUUGACACAAUUUUCAAUUUUGUGUCAACUGUCCCUUUAAUACACCCAGAUAUGGUGCAAACGCUCGUUAGAGUAUCCAGGGAGAAUGCCAGAUAGAUUUGUAGGUUCUAGUGUGCUGCCUUAUUUGUAGGACUCAAGAUUUGCUAAUAUUUUUUUUUCUGUGAAUGUACUGCGUUUUGUUUAAUGUUUUUUUGUUUGUUUGUUUUUUGCUAUUCCAAUGGACUUUAUACUAAAUCUGUACAAACUUGUUUUCUGCUCUUGAACUGAUGUAGAUUCUAACCUGUCCAGCCCAAUAACGGUUUCAUAAUGGGACAAAAACGUGACAUUUUGGCAUGGUUUGUUAUUAGAGAAAGCUUGGCAGGAUGAUGACAUCGUUGCCAUCAUUGACUCAGCAUUACAAUAAGGUUCAAUGUCUUUUCAUUGGUGCAUAUUUCGGGCUUGAUUUGUCUGUUAAUCACAUAUUUGUUAAGCCAUAUCCUAUCUUUCCAGUAUUUGCAGCAGUAGCAGCUUCCUCUUUCCAAUUACAUUAGACCAUGUAACCAACUGUGACAGUUUCACAAUUCCAAUAUUUAAAGAAACUUUUCUGAGUGUCACUCGACAUGUAGAAAGCAAGGUCGUGGGAGUAAAGCAAUCUGUAAUUUCAUGUACCAAUUCAUACUAACUCUGCCCCUAUAUAAUUGACCCCAAAGAUAUAAGAAAGGCACUAUUAGGGGCUUACCCUGAUCUAAACUAGCAUAAUUGCUAGUUUCCUUAAAGUUACUUGUUUCUACUCUCAAUAUCGCAAACUGGCCUCAUCUGUUUAUAUUUCAUCAAGACAGUCAGAUGAGAUGCCGUAACGUGAGCUCUGCCCCAAGACUUAUGAAGAGUUGGCACUUUUAAAGGUAACUAAGAUGAACUUAAUCAAACACAACAUACAAGCCAAUAUAUGCUGCUCUGCUGUACUGUUUAAGUGAUAGUUCAAUAAAUGAAACUGUCAUGUACUUACUCUCAUAUCAUUCCAAAUGAAUGGUGACAUGCUUUCAUUCUGCCUAAAAUCAUCUUUAGAGUAACAGCAGAAGGAAGUUAUGGGUUUGGAACAUCAUUUGUGGGUUAUACCUUUAAGGCCUCACUUUGCUUUCUCUAAUGUGCAACCUUAAAUGUCUUUCCUGUUCACCUGUGUUUUUGGGCUGUUAGUUCCUUUUUUCCUUUUCUCUUUUCUUUCUUUUGGAUUACCAUUAUUACACAGAUGUAGGCAAUAGUUGGAUGGAAAAAAAAGAUGGAUUGAAUGAUUUAGUGGUAUCAUUGCAGUUGUGAAAUUGAGAUCAUGAGGGGUGGGGGGUGGGGACAGUUUGGGGAAUAAUCCAUAAUGUUACUCACAAACUAAAAUAAACUGAUUUAAUGAACGAGUUGUGUUUCUCUGUGUGAGUUGCUGUGAUUUUGUGAUGUUUUGUGAGUGUGGCUUCAUGUCAACUGCCACCUCAAAGGAAAAUUUGGUUGUAAAAUGUUUUUGUUUUUAUUUUUUUUGUUUUAUUUGUAUUAUUUUAUUAGGAAUGACCUUAAUGUGAAUCUCUUGAAACCUGUCAAGAAAAUGUCUGGGUCAUAUUUCACCCCAAAAUCUAAAUAAAAUAUAUUGUGCUAAAAGAACGUUGAGCUUAUUUUAAGGAACAUUAAGAUAAGUUAAAGCUGAAGUGUGUAAUUUCUGCAGCACUAGUGCCACGGAAUUGCAAAAAUAAGCGUUGUUUUUAAAACGGCUUUCUGGAUAUGCCCCGCAUCUGCUAUUGGGCAAACAAAGAGAGAGUCUCGCCCUCAACUCACGGCAUUGGUUAUGUAACGUUGUCGGGGCGGGUCUAUGCAGGUUCGCUCGAAACAGAGCAAUUUUCAUAGAGCUACAGAAACUGUGUUUGCAAUUUUCGAGAAAAAUAUCCUAUGAAUGGCUUACUAAUAGCUGUCUUUGCAUAUUAAGGUAGGGAGAACUAUUUUAACAGAAAAAGUUACAUACUUUACCUUUAAGUACAUUCCCUACCAAAUUCUCAUUACCAUUAUGCAAAAAAAAAAAAAAUAAUAAUCUCAUUAUUCCAACA